GGUCAAAGUGUUUAGGAGAGCCACCUGUGUGUGCCAGGCCUGUCUGCUCAAUCCAUCACUGUGUGACAUUAUGCUGUUUUCCUGCUAGCGAUUUGGAUGUGAGAGACUGUUGCUGUUCCUUGUUGGCCAUAGUGGAGGAAGAGGACACCAUCCACCUCCUCGUCAUCAUCAUCGUCACCAUCCUGCCGCUGCUGGAGCAUCCCAGGCACCGCAGCACACAUACACUCCUUCAUACAUAGCCCAUACAUACACGUAUAGAGCUCUAUAGACUCUUUAUUUUUGUAUGCUGGCCAGCAAAUCUUAAAUUGUGCUCAGGACAGUUUAAGGGACAUUUAACAUUUUAUAUAGAUAUAUUUUUUUCCUUUGUGUGUUAUUUAGAUGUUUUGUCCAUUCAUGUUGUUAUGUUCGCUGACUUCUAGUUUGUGAAGCAAAAUAAGAGAUGCAUUUCAGUCCAGCAAAUCAUUAAACCUGGAUUGAUAGUAAACUGCUAUCAGGACUCUGUUUUAAUUACUCAUUGGUUACACUAACAUUAGCAAAGGCUUUGGGUGAAAACAGCUGCCUCAGUUUAUUAGUCUUUUUAAAUAUCACAACAAAAACGCUUUUUAUGUGUAAGCAUCCAGGUACAACACAAUUCAUUAGUUCAUCUAUUUAAAUGUUUACUUACCUACUGAUGCAAAAUGAUUCCUAAUUGUCAACUUCUUCCAUCUACUUUUCAUUUCAACAAUGUGAAGUGAGGGGUGGGGUCUAAAUGAAAUGUCCGUGGGUGGAGCUUAACACACGUGAACACUGUUAGGUGUUAAAUGGAGUGUGGAAGUGUUGAAUGUCUUUAUUGUGACACUAACAAUGAUCUGGAAUACAGGACGGUCAUCAGGGACUUUGUCAGCUGGAGUGAGCUUAACCAGCUGCAACUCAACACCAGCAAGACAAAGGAGAUGAUCAUUAACUUCCAGAAGAAAACAUCCCAUUUCACACCGGUGAACAUCCAGGGAGCGGACAUAGAGUUGGUAGACAGCUACAAAUUCCUGGGUGUUCACCUUAACAACAAACUGGACUGGUCCGUCAACACCCACGCCCUCUACAAGAAGGGCCAGAGUCGCCUCCACCUGCUGAGGAGACUGAGGUCCUUUGGUGUGUGCAGGACUCUUUUACGGACCUUUUAUGACUCUGUGGUGGCCUCAGCCAUCUUCUAUGCUGUGGGCUGCUGGAGAGGGGGCAGCACGGACAGAGACAGGAGCAGGAUCAAUAGGCUGAUCAGGAGAGCGAGCUCUGUCCUGGACGGUCCUCUGGACUCCGUGGAGGAAGUGGGGGAGAGAAGGAUGUUGGCUAAGCUGACAUCCAUCAUGGACAGCACCUCUCACCCGCUACAUGACACUGUUGUUUCCCUGGGCAGCUCCUUUAGCAGCAGACUGUUACACCCACGGUGUAAGAAGGAGAGGUUCCGCAGGUCCUUCAUACCGACCGCUGUCAGGCUCUAUAACACCUGCACCACCUGAACCAUGUUGUACUUGUAGUCAAUAUGCAUUUCUUUACACUGUACUCUUUACUUGCGUAUCUUGCUUGCUGCCGUAACAAGUA